GAUACAAACCCGAAAGAAAGGAUUUUCAGUUCUAUACAACCCUUGGGUUUCUUUUUGACUCUGCUCAUUUAACCGACUGUUCGUUUUGGAGGUGUUUCUUUUGGUGUUCGUGUCGUUUAAGGGCGUGACAAUGACUAUCUUUAGUAAAUUUGGGAGUAUACUUAGGCAGGCCACAAGUAUGCAGGUUAAUGCUAAGUUGUCAGUAUCGAAACCGGGCCUCUUUCAAGUAUUUAGAAGCAUGUCAAUGUCGCCGAGCUCGAAACUUUUUGUUGGAGGUAUUUCCUACCAGACGGAUGAACAAAGUCUGAGAGAAGCUUUUAGCAAAUACGGUGAAGUUAUCUAUGCAAGAGUAAUUGUGGAUCGGGAAACGGGCAGGUCGAGAGGGUUUGGCUUUGUCAGUUACACAAGUACUGAGGAUGCUUCCAGUGCUAUACAGGCCUUGGAUGGACGGGAACUCGAUGGCCGUCAAGUAAAAGUAGCCUAUGCAGAUGAGAGACCUCCUCGCAACUUUGGAUCUGGAGGUUUCAACAGCGGCGGCGGAUAUGGUAGUGGCAGCAGCUACAGAGAUGGCAGUGGAGGCUAUGCCAGCAACAAUGGUUUCUCUUCUGGAAAUUAUGGAGCUAAUGCCGGAUAUGGCAACACCGCUGGAGGUGGCAGUGGUUAUGGUGGCCAAGGAAAUUACGGUGGCGGUAAUAACUAUGGCUUUGAUGGUGUUGGUUAUGGAAGCAAUUUUGAUCAAUCCGGUGAGGGUUUCGCUACCGGUGGUUCAGCCGGAUAUGAAGGUAACAGAAUGGGAUUUGCCGGCGGCGAAGGCGGGUUCAAAGUAGAAACAGGGGGAGAUCAUGAGGGAAAUGAUGCACAGAACACAAGAAAUGAAGAGUUUGACUUUGCCAAGAGGGCAUGAAAUAGAGUGUUUGAACUUUGAGGUCUUAACAUAGUUCUCUAAUGGUGGAUUUGUUUUGGUUUUAGUGUCCGGUUCUCUGAACUA